CCAACCGUGACAUGUAAUACCUCCUCCAUCUUCUCUGUGCAGCUUGAAUUCGACCACGACUCUCACCCGGCGGCAGCUGUGCUUUGAUUCUUCGAUUCUUCUUCUUUCAACCACCCACAUCAACAGUCUUCAGCACCAGCGCCCAAACACAAUGGACGUCUCUCACAUUCCCCACGCCGAGCGCGUCCGCCGCAAGAACCGAUCAUCCACCAACGUCAACCACCUCUCACUCGCCCCUCUCACCACAAAGCUCCCCCUCGACGACGACGAAGCCAUUGCCGAUGCCGCCCUCUCGCUGCCGCGGCCGAGCACCUCGUAUCUGCAGGGCAAGUCCGCGCCCGCAACGCCUCGGCUCCUGGCCAGCUCCGCAACCAACCCCCGGUCGCGGUCACGGUCGCGAAACCGCACGCCGUCUGCCUCGGGCGGCGCACCAAUCCCCAAGAGCAAGUCGUCGUCGCACCUUGCCGGCGCGAAACGAGCUUCACACGGCGCCGUGACGCCGAGGCGACGACACGACGAGGGAGGGGGUGAUGGCGACUGGCUGCUGAGGACGGGCGCAUUGAUGACUUUCGAAGCGAGGGAGUUCAAGGGCCAGUCGUGGCUCGUGUCGCGGCAGAGCUCCACGAGCCUCACGGGCAUCCCAAGCAUCGAGGACGUGGCGUUUGAGGACGAGCUGGCGCGGGAGCGAGAGAUGACGAGCCUCCUCACCAGCAGGCGCGGCAGCUUGGCAGACGACGACAUGUCCGUCUCCAUCCUCGGCGGCAGCAAGAUACACAGCCGAUCUCACAGCAACCACGGCAGCCGGAGCCAGCUCAUGACGCCCGCAGAGCGAGUCACAGACGACGGCUCAUACUUCCCAAACCAAGAGCUCGCCGGGCCAGACUUUGUCGACCUCGACGAGAGGCUGGAGGAGCUGGAGCGCGACACGCUCGAGGACGCCGAGGCGGACGUCAAGAGGCUGAUGCGGCGGGGCACCGCGGGCAAGGGGUCGUGGAUGACGAGCUUCAUGGGGUGGUCGCUGUUCUCGGUGGACGAGCAGGGCGAGGAGACGGACGACGACGACGACGAGGGGGACGACGAGUCAGAGUACGACGAGUCGCUGGCGGACUCGCGGACAGAGGCGGACCGGAGCGCCUGGCUGAAGCGGCACGUCGAGGGGCCUUUGGAUCCGGAGGACUUUGUGCCGCCGCCGACGGCGGACGAAGGGAGCUGGAGCGAUGCGGCGUGGCUGCUCAGCGUGGCGUCCAAGGUCAUCUUUUGA